UGGGGGAGAUUGUCUACAUUUUAGGUCAACCGUCAAGUUAGAUUUCAUCUGCAAAGACCCAGAUGAGCAGGAAUGUAGUUCAGACAUACGAGUGCAGGGAUUUUAAUGGAAACUUCGAACUCCCCUUGAUCACCCCUCCCUGGGCUGCGUGGACAGGCCAGUGGGGAAUUACCAGCCCUGUAGUUCUCUCUGACUCUCAAGCCCCCAGAGUUGGGCUUCCUUGUUUACUUAUUUAGAGCCCGGCAGAGGAAGUGGUAAAGGAAACUUGCUGAGUCGUUUUCUGAGAAGAGACCAUAUUUGUUCGCAGAGGAAGCUGUUGCUUUCUGGGAUCGGGCUACAGCAGAAAGGACGUCUGCUCCAACGAGGCUUUUCCAGAGAGUACCUGGGAGUUGGAAGAGCCAAGGACGCCUCUGUGCUCUGGAUUUGGGGUUCUCUGUCCAUGGGCGCAACAGCCACACGCAGCUCGUGAGCAGCCAUGGCAUUCAGGAACGUGCCCUUUCGCUCCGAGGUUCUGGCCUGGGACGCCGACAGCCUCGCAGACUAUUUCAAGAAGCUCAACUACAAGGACUGUGAAAAGGCUGUGAGGAAGCAUCACAUCGACGGGCCAAGGUUUUUGAACCUGGCAGAGAAUGACAUCCAGAAGUUCCCUAAGCUCCGGGUGCCGAUUCUAAGUAAGUUAAGUCAAGAAAUCAACAAGAAUGAAGAGAGAAGGAGCAUUUUCACACGCAAACCCCAAGUCCAGCGGUUUCCUGAGGAGACAGAAAGCCAUGAAGAAGACAAUGGAGGCUGGUCAUCCUUUGAAGAAGAUGACUAUGAGAGUCCCAAUGAAGAUCAGGAUGGGGAGGAUGACGGUGACUACGAAUCCCCUAACGAGGAGGAGGCGGCGCCCAUGGAGGACGAUGCUGAUUAUGAGCCGCCGCCCUCCAAUGAUGAGGAAGCUCUGCAGAACUCCAUCCUGCCUGCCAAGCCUUUCUCCAACUCCAACUCCAUGUACAUAGACCGGCCGGCCUCCGGGAAGGCACAGCAGCCGCCGGUGCCCCCUCAGAGGCCCAUGACCGGCCCCCCUCCUCUGCCUGCUGGCCGCAAUCACACGCAGCCACUCCCCCCACCCCAGCCCAACCACGAAGAGCCUAGCAGAAGUAGAAACCACAAAACAGCAAAGCUCCCUGUUCCUUCCAUAGACAGAAGCACGAAACCGCCCCUAGAUCGUUCUUUAGCUCCGUUUGACAGAGAGCCCUUCACACUAGGAAAGAAACCAGCGAUUUCUGACAAGCCCUCAGCGCCAGCAGGAAGGCCUCUCGGGGAGCAUUUGCCCAAGAUACAAAAGCCCCCGUUACCACCGGCCACAGAAAGACCCGACAGAGGCAGCCCCCUGCCAGGGAAGAAGCCACCUGUGCCAAAGCAUGGAUGGGGAGGAGACAGAAGAGAGAAUGAUGAAGACGAUGUGCAUCAGAGACCCCUGCCCCCACCAACAAUGCUCCCCAUGAGCUCCAACACCUUCCCUUCAAGAUCCACCAAGCCCUCACCCAAGCACCCCCUCCCACCGACUCACACACCCGGAGCCUUCUCAGAAAGUAACAGUAGUUUUCCGCAGAGUGCCUCCCUGCCGCCAUACUUCUCUCAAGGCCCGAGCAACAGACCACCUCCCAGAAUCGAAGGCAGGAACUUUUCCUCACCAAUUCCAAACAAACCUCGGCCACCAUCCCCUGGGGAAGAUGAGAAUUCAUUAAAUGAAGAAUGGUACGUUUCUUAUAUUACCCGAACAGAGGCAGAAGCUGCUCUCAGAAGGAUAAACCAGGAUGGCACUUUUCUGGUUAGAGACAGCUCUAAAAAAACAAUAACCAAUCCAUAUGUCCUCAUGGUGUUGUACAAAGAUAAAGUUUACAACAUCCAGAUCCGUUAUCAGGAGGAAAACCAAGUCUACUUGUUGGGAACUGGACUCCGAGGGAAAGAGGACUUUCUGUCUGUGUCAGAUAUUAUUGACUACUUUAGGAAAAUGCCGCUUCUACUCAUUGAUGGAAAAAACCGAGGUUCCAGAUACCAGUGCACGUUAACCUAUGCUGCAACUUAUCCCUAGCAAGCCAGCCAAGCAAAGGAACCUUACUCCUGCCUCUGAUGCCAGCAUGGGAAGAUCAGUCAACUGUGGUAAACCAUCAGACACUUGGGACUGAAUUGAACCCCUUAACAUGAAGAGUUUUGUCCUUUUGCUUAAAAAGUGUUUGAAAUGAAGACUGUCAGAUAUCCCAUAAUUUAUUUAUUCUUCUUCAAUGUUUAUAAAAUGCAUGAGUAAUAAUGUUCACACUUGAAGUGGAGUAGGGCACUGUAAUAAUUCAUUUUUAAAAGAUACGUAUUUGUGAAUACCCAUUUCCAAGUACAUUAGUUUGCCCAGCUACACAAACAAUAUGGGGCAAGCUGAGCAACACUGAAAUGGUAAUAAUUUUGGUAACACAUUAAAAACUGAAUUUUUUAAAAUAGGCACUCCUUUGUCAAAGGCAAUCAUCAGUUUUAUAUGCACAAUUUGAAACUUACUAAAAUUCAGUUUCUAGGCAGCAAUAAUUUAAGAAGCUUCCAAAACAUUUCAUCCUUUCUUAUUUGUUUUUUUUUUUUUUUUUUUUGCUGGGGGGAUUUUUGUGUACUUUUUUAUGAAAAAGAUAAAUGCAUGUCAGGAUAACUCCCUGGAAUUAAAAUUAAUUUGCCUUUUGCUUCACUUUUGAGUUCCUAAGACAACUUUAUUGACUUUACUUAGUUCUUACUUUUUUAUUUGUUUUAAAUCAAAUUUAAGAUACAAAUGCCCAAAGAAAACAUUUUAAAUUUAGAAAUGAGGCUUUGGUGUCAAAUUUAAGUUCAUCACAUCCAACACCCACAUCCUACCUCCACUCCACCCCCCCCAACCAAAUCCAAAAGCAUCAUCAAGUGAAAUAGAUUUUACUGAAGUCUUCCCAGGAAAAUGAAAGAACAAUGCAUGUAUACAUGGAAAAAUCUGAUCAGACUUUCCAAUUAGAUAGGUUUUUUUUUUCCUGACAACUGUAAUAAAGCCCUUCUCUUCAUCCAUUCCCAAGAGGCUUUAUAAAUUCUUCAAAGCAAUUCAGUUCUUUCCUUCAACAUUCAUAUCUCACUUAAAAAAAAGUAGGCAUGUCACACAAUGAAAACCUCACAUUCAGUUAAGUUUUCCCUUUUGAGGCCUGGGUUGUUAUUCCACAACUUUUAUUAACAAUAAAAAUGUAUGGCUUCUCUGUUUAGUAUAUAAAAUUUCUAAGUCACAAAGAUUCUUGUCUUCAAUUUCAUGAGAUAAGAGAAAGAACACUGGGGAGUUCCUGCCGUGGCUCAGUGGUUAAUGAAUCUGACUAGGAACCCUGAGGUUUUGGGUUCGAUCCCUGGCCUCACUCAGUAGGUUAAGGAUCUGGUGUUGCCGUAAGCUGUGGUGUAGGUCGCAGAUGUGGCUCGGAUCUGGCAUUGCUGUGGCUCUGGCGUAGGCCGGCAGCUACAGCUCCGAUUAGGCCCCUAGCCUGGGAACCUCCAUAUGCCACAGGUGCGGCCCUAGAAAAGACCUCCCCCCCAAAAAAAAAAGAACAUCAGAAGGGAUCUUGGAAGUCAUCUAGUUAAAACUGACAACUUGCUAAAAUAAGUAUGUAGAGACUUUUAACCACUGACAAUUAAAAUGAUGCUUCACAAACGUCAUCCUUACAAACCAGAAGUUCUCAAUUCAGGGUUCAGAACUCAGGAAUUCUAAAGCUGAAAAACUUUCAUUCAUUUACAUGUUUAUUCAAGAGGAUAUUCGACAAGCAUUGACUCCAUGCCUAUUCUGUGCUAAACACUGAGCUAGGUGCUGGGCAAUGAGGCUAGAACUGCGAUGGAGGGAGCUGACCUUGUGUCUUGCUUUGUGGUAUUACAUACCUUAUGUUUAAAAAUAUUUAAAAUGAAGGACAUGGCAGAUUUCAAGCAACUAUUUGGUAGUGGAUUAUGUUUAAAAAAUAAAUAAAGAUUAUUAUUUUAAAUUUCUGUUGGCAGAAAGAGACAGAAAUUAGCAACUUUUAGGACACAGGUGUCCUAAAAAUAAAACCUAUUCCACUCCAAUGAUUGAAAUAAAUGAUGAAUAUCUGAUGUUUGAA